CGGGCCCAGUGGCCAAGACACCCACCCGGCUCUGGGUACCUGGUGGCUCCCACGAGACAGCUGAAGCCGCCUCGUGCAGGAUCCCCAGGCCCCUCUGCUCCGAGACCCCACUACUCCAUCUCCUGGCGGCCUGGUGUUCUGGGCCUCACGUACGACCAGUCUGAGGAAGAACAAGCCAUCUCAUCCACCCGCAGCCAUGAAUUUCCUCCGGCGACGCCUGUCUGACAGCAGCUUCGUGGCCAACCUGCCCAACGGCUACAUGACAGACCUGCAGCGCCCCGACACCUCCACCAGCUCGCCCGCUUCCCCGGCCAUGGAGCGGAGGCACCCCCAGCCGCUGGCAGCCUCCUUCUCCUCUCCAGGGUCCAGCCUUUUCAGCUCCUUCUCCAGCGCCAUGAAGCAGACUGCACAGGCCCCCUCGGGGCUGAUGGAGCCUCUGGGUCCCUCCACACCUGUUGUUCAGAGGCCCAGGAUCCUGUUGGUGAUCGAUGAUGCCCACACAGACUGGGCCAAGUAUUUCCAUGGAAAGAAGGCAAAUGGAGAGAUCGAGAUCCGAGUGGAGCAGGCAGAAUUCUCAGAGUUGAACCUAGCUGCCUAUGUUACUGGGGGCUGCAUGGUGGACAUGCAGGUUGUGAGAAAUGGAACCAAGGUUGUCAGCAGAUCCUUCAAGCCGGACUUCAUCCUGGUCCGCCAGCAUGCCUACAGCAUGGCCCUGGGCGAAGACUACCGCAGCCUGGUCAUCGGCCUCCAGUACGGUGGGCUGCCCGCCGUCAACUCCCUCUACUCCGUCUACAACUUCUGCAGCAAGCCCUGGGUGUUUUCUCAGCUCAUUAAGAUCUUCCAUUCCCUGGGUCCUGAGAAGUUCCCGCUUGUGGAGCAAACGUUUUUCCCCAACCAUAAGCCAAUGCUCACAGUGCCUCGCUUCCCUGUGGUGGUCAAGCUGGGACAUGCCCACGCUGGAAUGGGAAAGAUCAAAGUAGAAAACCAGCAUGACUACCAGGACAUCACCAGCAUGGUGGCGAUGGCCAAGACCUACGCCACCACCGAGGCCUUCAUCGACUCCAAGUACGACAUCCGCAUCCAGAAAAUUGGAUCCAACUACAAGGCUUACAUGAGAACCUCCAUCUCUGGCAACUGGAAGGCCAACACAGGCUCUGCCAUGCUGGAGCAGGUGGCGAUGACGGAGAGGUACAGGCUGUGGGUGGACAGCUGCUCAGAAAUGUUUGGCGGCCUGGACAUCUGCGCGGUCAAGGCCGUCCACAGCAAGGAUGGCAGGGAUUACAUCAUCGAGGUGAUGGACAGCUCAAUGCCCCUGAUUGGAGAGCAUGUGGAAGAGGACAAACAGCUGAUAGCCGACCUCGUUGUCUCCAAAAUGAGCCAAUUCCUGAUGCCAGGGGGCACAGUGCCCUCGCCCCUGAGGCCUUGGGCUCCACAGGCCAAACCAGCAAAAUCCCCGGGACCAGCCCAGCCACGCCCACCCACACAAGGGGGCCCUCGCCAAGCUCAGUCUCCUCAGCCCCCAAGAUCUGGAAGCCCCUCCCAGCAGAGGCUCUCCCCUCAAGGCCAGCAGCCACUGAGCCCCCAGUCCGGAUCCCCACAGCAGCAGAGGUCGCCAGGCUCUCCGCAGCUGCCCCGGGCACCCAGUGGCGGCUCUCCAAACCAGGGCUCCAGGCCAGGCGCCACCCUCCCUGCGCAGCCCCGGCCGCCUGUGCAAGGCCGCAGUACCUCUCAGCAGGGGGAAGAGCCCAAGAAGCCAGCUCCACCCCACCCCCAUCUCAACAAAUCCCAGUCCCUGACUAACAGCCUCAGCACCUCCGACACUUCCCAGCGUGGGCCCCCGAGUGAGGACGAGGCCAAGGCCGAGACCAUCCGCAACCUGAGGAAGUCCUUCGCCAGCCUGUUCUCUGACUAGGGGGUCCGGCCUGGGACCAGGCGGUGCCCUUACACUCUCCCCCCUCCUGCCUCAUCUUCCUUCUCCGCCUCGGUUCCUGACGGGAACAGAAUGGAGGGUCCGAGAAUACACUUUCUAAACACCUUUGACCCAGGAGCUGAGUACCUACACGUGUUCCCAUUUUCCUUCACCAUGACAUUCCAGCUUGUCCAGCUGAGCAGUGGGCCUCUGAGAGCCUCCAGGUUCCUCAAAUGGGCCCCAACGAUGGGAUGGGCGUCGCAACGUCCCACCCGCCCACAUGCUUGCUUCCCUGCCUCGGACGAGCUCGUGAGACAUCUGUGUGUGUGGCUGCUCCCACCUCCGGUUGGCCGUCUGCUCACCUUCGGGAGAGGCCCCUCUAGGCCUUGCCCCCUCGAUCCCCCACCAAGUGAAGACACUCCAGUCGGACCUCAGCCUUACAGGAGGCAGUAACCUGGUGACAGUUUUGCAAACAGGAGGAGGGAGGCCCAGCCAGGGGAACCUCUCACCUCCCCCUCGUUCAGCCGUUUCAUCCGGACACCACUCCUCAGACCAGGCCGGCAGGCAGGGCCCGUCUUGCCCGGCCACCAGCGGGAUCUCGAUCACAACGGAAAGAGACUAGGUCCUGUGUGGCAGGUGGGGCCUUCCAGAACUCCGCAGAAGCAGAGGGGGGGACUCUGGGGACACCGCUCACGUCCCGAGUGGGCAGCCAAGCGCAGACCACAGGUCCUUUUAGGGACUGUUUCUAGUUCCCAGAGGAGGACGAGGCCCUCGACAUCCCCGGGAAGGAGUGAGGUGGGGGCCCCUCCACACUCUGCUCCCCACCGGGAAUUCUCUCUGCAUUCCCACCAGGAGUGUUGUUUACUACCUAAGGACACACGGGGAACCAGAGAGAACGAGCAGAUGGUCACAGGAGCAGAAGGUGCAAGGACAGUCAUUUCUAGGUUGGCACGUCACAAACUGCACAGCAGGGUGUCGGCAGGCCACUCAGUUACCCAGGGGUCCCAUGGCCAAGCACACUGGGGAAACGCUUUUUAUUCCUUGUUUUGAGAUUGGUAGAACAUAUUACAUGUCCAAGUCUUGGAAUUCCUGCGUAAAGACAGCAGCUUUAACUCGUUUAAUCCAAACCUAUUUAGGUAACAAGCUGACUGCAGAGCUGGACAGUGUAGUCGCGACACCCUCUCCAGGGCCCCUUCCCCCAUAUCCCACGGCCUCCGGGACCAGCCGGGGGAGCAGGCCCGCCCGAAUCACCACGCACCUGGUGCUAGGAACGUUGUAGGUGCCGGACCCAACCUCCUGGUCCCGGAGAGCCCAGGACACCAGAACACGGCCAUGUCACCUCUUCAGUCCCCCACACGACUGAGAUGUGUCUGCCCCUCACUGUCCCCAGGGAAGGGGGAGAGGGAGGAGAAAAUGAGGGUG